GGUUCGACCAAGAGACUGGCUUCAUCAAUGCGUCGGAUGAAUGGUGGUCUACAAUGGAGAAGGUUGACAAAGAGUGUUGCAAGUUUAGAACAAAGAGGUUGGAUCACGAGGAAUUAAUGCGUCGUGUUUUCACGGGGGCUGCGGCAACGAGAAAAAAUGCUUGGACGCCUGGUGAGAUGCGGAACCAACUGGAGGUGGAAGGGGAGUCUGAUAGUGCAGACUUCUCUACGGACAGCAACGAAUUGGGUGCCUCUGAAACUGCAAACAUGAUGAAAUCUGCAAACAUUACCGCAUCCGGUAGUGGUAGCAAAAUGAGGCACUCAUCUGUCACAGCUGUGCAGAAGAAACGAAUUACCGGGGCAGAAGCAUUGGCAACAAGCAUGGAUGAUUUGGUGAAUUCAGUGAAGACACAAAGUAAGGAACUCACUGUUAACCAUGUUGUCGGUGGACAAAGUGUCGCUAUGGCCGAAGCUAUACGACGUCUUUAUGAAAUUCAAGGACUUGAACAAACUAAUCCACUGCUCCAUUUCGGUAUUUCCCUUAUGGAGGUGCCCAAUAAUAGGGAGAUGGUUAUGAGUAUUCCUUCCGAUGAAGGCAUUAUCGGCUGGCUCCAGGUGAAGCAACAAGACAAAGAGAGGACGACAGCAGCUUCAACUCUUGCAAGCAUAUUGCGCAAUCAAGGACUUCGUUUCUAACUAUGCUGUGUGUUGGACUUGUUAUGGGUUAUGUGUUCGACUUCUUUUCACUUAUGCGUUGGACUUCGCUUAUAUUUGCUAAAGGGCUGCGUUUUAAUGAAAUGCUUUGUGUUGGACUUCUUUUCGAACUUGUUUGUUAUGUAUUUGCUAAUGACAUGAUGUUUUCAACUAUGCUUUGUAAGGACAAUUGGUAGGGAGAUGGUUAUGCUAUUCCUUUUCUUUGCCUAGUUUUCUAA